GAAUGUUUUACUGCUGGCCGAUUGAAGGCUCGAAAUUUCAGCAAAGAACAAGUUUUUUUUAUUAACGGAGAAACGACCUAAUUAUUAUGUGUCGUGAUUGUGUGAAGCAGCAACUUCCAGACAGGGGUAACAUGUGCCUGGACAAUGGCUCAUACCUGUGGAACUUCCAGGGAUGUAAGGAGUGUGGCCAGAAAGACCCGGUUAAGAUAGUGGACAGACAGACAACUGAAGAUGAAGAUGGAGAGGAAACAAUAACAUAUAAACAUGAAUGUGUACAUUGUGGACAUGUGGUUGCUGAGCAUGAGUUUACGUUCAGAGUAGAAGGUGAUAGCCAGGACUACAGCAUGAGCUGUCUGUUGUGUGGAGAAGGGACAGAUCAAAGAAACAUUUUCCCUGAAAACCAGUACAGACAAAAUGGUGUUGCAUGAUCAAUGGGAAACAUGAGAGUGAACUUGAAUUCCAUUGUGAUGUUGUGACUAACAAACAUCUAUUUUAUAUUGAAAUAUUAUCAUAAAUCGGACCAGUAGACUGGAUUGAGGUGGAAGGUGUGGGUGCAUUUUGUAAUGCUUCCAAUAGAAACUCAAAAUAUAUACCAUUACUUGAGCCUAUGGAAGGAGGUGCAUCAUCCACGUGGACCCAGGGCGUGGCAGAGGACAGAGGAGGCGAGCGCCAAGACUCCCCUCAUCUUUCUACCCUUCCCCUCCGCCGCACUCGCCUCCUUUGACCUCCGCAACUCCCUGGGUCCCCGAGGAUAAAGGUGCAUUCAUAGAGCUGCCUAGCCAAGGAGAUAUUUUUAUAUAGGUUCCUAGCCAAGGAGGUAUGUUUAUAAAGGGGCCUAGCAAAAGAAAAAUUUACCCUGAAUACUAAAUACAGGGACCCGAAAAAUACCCAAGUACCAAUCCAUUACAUAUAUUUUAUGUUUAUGAUUUUAUUUGUCAUGCUGUUAAAUAGAAUAGAAAUACAAUUCUAAUAAAGAUUAGAACCACCA